UGAAAACCUCUUUUUCGAAAAUUAAUUUUAAAUGGCAACACUAGUGUUGUGUUUAGCCAUUCAGUAAAUGCUUGCGUUUAUUGUAUACAUUUCCCUCACGUGUUCAAUUUUAUUAAAUUUCCAUACAAACUAUCAUAAACAAAAUGACGGAGAUUGUUUUGCCGGGUGAUCGGAUUUCCGCUGCUGAAGAAUUAGCUAAAAGUAAAAAAGUAAUUUUAGGACCAGGGUUGCGUCGGGAGAAUGAGCAAGUAAUUGCUUGUAAACCGGGGAGACUUCAUCACAAGGAGCCAAACACCUACUGGGUUGAUAACCAUCAGCAACGAUAUGUACCUGUAAAAGGCGAAACUGUAAUAGGCGUAGUGACAGCUAAAGCGGGAGAUAUAUAUCGAGUAGAUAUUGGAGCACAUGAUCAAGCUUCUUUGUCAUAUCUGGCUUUUGAGUCGGCUACAAAGAAAAACCGUCCGGACGUAAAUCCUGGAGAUAUUCUUUAUGGAAGACUGAUUGUCGCCAGUCGCGAUUUAGAACCAGAAUUAGUAUGUGUUAAUUCGAGUGGAAAGAAAGGCAAAUUAGGUGUUCUUGCGAAUGGUUUUGUAAUGAAUUGUAGUUUAAAUUUAGCGCGUUUGAUUCUACGGGAAAAUUGCCCAUUAUUACGAGAACUUACUAAAGAGAUGCCAUUUGAAAUCGCUGUUGGAUUAAAUGGUCGAAUCUGGAUUAAAGCGAAAAGUCAACGAGAGACAAUAGCACUUGGAAAUGCAAUAUUAGCAGCAGAAAACGCCUCUUACGAGGAAAUGCCGAAAAUUUGUGAGAACAUUGGAAAUAUAUUGUUUUCCUAAAAUUCAAAAUGAUUAGUUAUUUCUUACUCUUUAAAUUAAAGUGAAAUAAUUAAAAAAAUAAUAAUCUAUAAACAAUAUUAAA